AUGUCAUCGGAACCAGCUGCUAGAAAGCCUCCGGAGGACGUGAAAAAUCAAUAUAAGAAGCUCAUUAGCCGAGAGUUUCGAGACCUUCAACUUGCACAGGACCUCAAAACCAAAUCUAUCUUUGAUCUUAUCGACUAUUGUGAACUCUUAUAUGAGAAACUGGUAGAGUACACGGACUCGGACUCCGGGUUAAAGGCGUACAUGCGGGGGUAUUUGAUAUUCAAUUACUUUAUAAACUGCUUCAUUAUGCUCCAUUUUCAAGGAUUUGACAAGUUUAUUGAAUCCAACGAACCAGACUUCAUAUUAUACUUGAACGUCUUUGCAUUUUAUAACACCAAAGAUGUGAUCCGAGAUAGAGGUCAUUCGUUGUCACUUGAGUUGGUGCGCCAAUGGAUCAUCGAGUUCUUGACAGACCAAAAACUUUUGUCUUUUGACGUGCAAGAAUUAUAUGAUUGGCUCUACCAGUAUAUCGAUUACCUCAAGCAAAAAGACCAAGAAGAAUUUCAAAGUGACGACCUGCGAUCAGCCAACGGAGUGACUUAUGCUCAGCCCUCAAUAGAGUACGACAGACAGUCUCUCAAUCUGUUUGAAGAACGUUUUCCGUCGGUGGACCUUCCUUCAAAUUCAUCGCCGAAUAAUGGUUCGUUCGAUUUCAUUUCCCCAGAAGUAAAAGCCCAGUCGUUCCCAACACCUCCCUAUCCGGUGAAUAGCACCUUCACAAGGAGCCCUACACCUCCUUAUCCUUUGGAUGAUGAAAAAGGUGUCUCGACUGAUGACUUGUAUUUCAGCUCAAAUGUCCAACCUCCAGUCCAACCGAGACCGAAGCAAUUACCACCUCCCAUUCCCAAUGCCACUCCAGUUCAGCUUGAGACGAGCUACGAAGCUCGCCCGUACAUGUCCUCGAAUCAGUCAUUUCCUCAUGGUUAUUCUCAAAGUGCUCAGUACCAGCGGAACCCUGUUCCGCAACCUGCAAAUCAUAUUCAUCAGCCACCUCCCCGCGGUAAUGAGCAGUAUUACUCAAAUCAUAAUGGUUACACCCAUAAUGGUCACACCCACGGACGUCUGAUGUCCCGUGAUAUGGGCAAGUACACAAUUUGUGGUCUUAAGAAUUUCGGGUCUACCUGCUACAUCAAUCUGACAAUCCAAUUGCUUUUUGGGUUGUACGAUUUUUCGUUGAUAUUUGAGAAUCAGGGUUAUUUGAAGUAUGUGAAGAACCCCAAGUAUGUCAAGCUUCUCCAACAACGACAUCCUACCAAGGACUCGGGGCUCUUAAGUGAAGCAAUAUUCAGCUUGCUUAAGACCUUCAAAGAUCAUCCGCAAGCUUCCAUUGCCCCGACCAAAUUUCUUCGGGUUUCUUCUUUAUUAAAGCCGGACUUGAACAUUCCUUAUGAGCAGCAGGACUCCCAAGAAUUCUUAUUGUUUGUGUUGGAAAUGUUACACAAUGAGCUUGGCUCCAAAGCGUUUGAUGAAACCGAAUGGGAAAACGAUCGAAUUGGUCGCUACAUGACGAAAUGGGGUAUCAACGUAAGUCCUGAAGACCGUGAGCCUUAUAUAUCAUGGUAUCGAUCACUUUUGAAAUUGGAAGGGUUCUCCCCAAUUCACGAUUUAUUUCAAGGGCACUUGCAGAGCAAAUUGAUCUGCAAUAAAUGUGGGUUUGAAUCGAGUAACUACUCCCCAUUUACCAUUUUAUCUUUACCAAUACCUCUGGGUCAUGGUCAUCGAGUGGACUUGGCAGACUGUUUGCGUUAUUAUACAAAGGACGAAAUCUUGACUGGAGAAAAUGCAUGGAAAUGUCCCAAGUGUUCGAAAAACAUCUCCAGUCCGCUGUCUUCCAGUGUGCUAGACUCACAUCCUGUGUUCGCAACUAAAAAGAGUGGGCUUUUCAAGUUGGGAAGACGUAGUAAAUCUCCUAGCAAAAAACCACAGAAUGGUAGCCAAACUUCAUCAACCACAUCACUAGGCUCCACUACAAAAAAGCUCAACUUUAUCAAGUUGCCCAAAAUACUUUUCAUGCAUUUAUCUCGGUUUUCUAUGACCAGUGUCACCGAUAAAUUGGACACUGUUAUAAAGUAUCCAUUACAAAUUACCUUUAACAACAACACCAACAAUUCCAACCACGAAAUCACCUAUAAGCUCACCGGAAUCAUCAAUCAUUACGGAACGUUGAAAAGUGGUCAUUAUACUGCAUUAGUGAACAAGUCAUCUCGGACUUCGGGAAUGGACAGCUUGCGAGAUCCUUGUUGGUGCUUCUUCGAUGAUGAGCAAGUUCGAAUCAAGGUCAGACACGGAGACGCCGCCGAUCCACAUGGGGAAUACCGGGAGCUCAACUCUCGAGAUGUUUAUGUCUUGUGUUACGAAAGAGUUUAG